AAGCUGACUCGAUGACUUGAGCAUCGCAGACUUCCACGUGCUCGAGAAAGUUCUCGUUUCGCCUUUUUUAUUUCAUCUCAUCGCGGUACGUUCCCUCCUCGAAAAUCCGCCGCUGUUCAGUCGGUGUGUGUAAUGGCUGGUUGCUCUGCAUUGACUUGGCGUGUGCUGGAGUGAAAGAUCGUGUCUGUGAGUUUGUUGUGGUCGAUCGGCGGUGAAGACACGAAGGAUUUGGUGCCUCUUUUCGCCUGUCUCGGUUUUCCGUCUCAGUGGUUGUCGUUUUGUCGGAAUAAUACUGGCUCCUGGGGAACGAUGAUGAUGGAUACGUCUUCGGUGCCAAGAACAUUGACAAAUGAUCAACGACAAGAAAUAUUGCAAGCAGAUAGAGCUGAACCGCUGAGGCGCUUCACAUGUUCGGCCAGCAUGAGCAGCAUCCUCCACUUUGUCUGGAGUGUGCAGUGGAAGAUGAAAAGUAUUCUUCUCCUCCUCUUCGGCUUUCUUCUCAUUUCUGUCGAGCAAAGUCAUGCCUGGAAGAUGCGAGCAAAGGUGCAUCGCUCACACCAUUGGUUAGCAGGACCAUGGUCACCAUGUGCAGCUGAAAACGGCUGCGGCGACGGUUGGCGACUGAGACCCGUUUCGUGCGUGAACGGUGACGAGGUACCAGCCUCCCAUCGCCGCUGUCACCGCCAUUUGAGGCCACGUAGCAUGGAGCGCUGCUACGCAGCAUGCAGCCAUCAGCAACACUUCGUCAGAUGGCAGGCGGGCGAGUGGAUCCCCUGCGAGCGUGUGGGAGCUCAACCUCAUUUGCGGAACGAGUGUCGCCCGGGUGAGGUACAAAUCGGCGUUUCCCGGCGGAACAUCACGUGUGUUUUCCAGCCGCAACCGGGAACGUCUUCACGAGUCGUCGAUUCAGCGGCCUGUGAUCAUCAAGUUCAACCUGUUGGAGAGUUGUCGUGCACUAUUCCAUGUCCGCAAGACUGUGUGGUGACACCAUACGAGGACUGGCCCAAAUGCUCCAACACAUGCGUAACUCAUACAGUUACCCGUCGAAGGACUGUUGUUGUGGGACCUGAGAACGGUGGUGAGCCGUGCCCUCCGCUCUCCGAAACAAAGUUGUGUUUGCCGCAUAGGGACUGCGUUUCGUGGCGCAAGAAAAAAUCUAGAAGAAAGGCUCCGCACGAAAUGGAGUUUCUUCUAAAAGUAGGUCCAUGGAGUGAGUGUAGGACAGAACACGUGAAGCGUUCUACGAGCAGUGCCGCCGACACCACGGAGUUGAUGCCACAAGUGGGAAUCAAGAAGAGGAAUAUAUCAUGCAUUGAUCAAGAUGGGGUUGCUGUCGAUAUAAGAAAGUGCCGGCCAAGUGCAACCCAACAGAUGUCUCCUCUUCCAUCAGAAGUAGAAAGUUGUGUAAUCAAAGUAGACUGCGAAGUAUCAUCGUGGUCUGACUGGCAGCUCGAUAGGGAAUCCUGUCUUCUGGACAACGGAGAUUUGGCCCCCAUGGGGCCUCGCCAGAGCAGACGCUGGCGAAGCAUCCUGCAACUACCUUUCGGCGGCGGUUGGCCAUGUCCGCCUCUUCAAGAAGUUGUAGAGCAGACACAGCAUCUUCCGUUGUGCUCGAGCUUCGAAUGGAUCACUUCAGAAUGGACUGCAUGCGUGCCUCAUGACGGAAAAUUAUGCAAUGGUGGAGUUCGUCACCGAAAUGCUACGUGCGUAAGAACCAAAGAUGAAGUUCCUUUCCCAAGCCACUUAUGCGUGUUGGAACAUCGCCCUCCUGUUCAAGAGGAGUGCAUCAUGCCUUGUCCAGUCGACUGCCAGGUGACACAUUGGGCUCCCUGGGGUCAGUGCCUGCCUCUUAUAAGGGGAGGACCCUUUCCCGCUCCAGAAGAAGGAUACAGAGUACGAGUGCGGUAUGUAGAAACGCAUCUGAGGUUCGGCGGGAAAGAUUGCCCCCAUCUGAAGGAAGUGGAAAGUUGUGACCGAGCCGUUCUCUCCCACUGGGAGCCCGAGCCUUGGACUCGUUGCAAGCCGUUGGAAGGCAACGAGUGUGGUGCGGGAGUCGAAUCACGAAACGCACGUUGUGCAUUCUUUGAUGGGACAAUGGUCGACGAUGUCCACUGCAUCAUUUAUGAGUCUCCGCUCGAGCGUGAGCGGGAAUGCAGUAUGCCGUGCCCUGAAGACUGCGUGCUUUCCGAGUGGUCUGCCUGGUCGCCUUGCACAUCUCUUUGUGCCGAGAAGAUGAGCUAUGGCAUCCAAUCGAGGAAUAGAAGCAUCUUGGCAUAUCCAUCCAAAGGCGGUGCAAGCUGUCCACCAAAAUCGGAGCUCAAGGAAAUCGAUGACUGCAACAUGGUCAGCUGCUACGGCUUUAGAUGGAAGGUCGAGAACUGGGGUCAAUGCAUUGCCACAGGGAAAAACGCCACCUGUGGCACGGGCAAGCGGACGAGGGAAGUUCGCUGCUUCUAUAAGGGGCCGGUAUCAGAUAAGAAGUGCGUUCCUCUAAAGAAGCCCGAGAGCUCGCAAGCCUGCACGGUUCCUUGUCCAGAAGACUGCAAAAUGACAAAGUUCUCGGAGUGGAGGAGAUGUUCAGAUUGUGCUGGAGGUGGAAACAUCAUGGUCCGUGAGAGAUUCGUGAUCCGAAACGCAUCACACGGUGGUCGGUCAUGCCCUUGGCGGCGCCUUCGAGAGGAGCGUCCUUGUAAUUCAGCGAAAGAACCGUGGUGCCGGACGGAGCACCCGUCUUCCAGUGUUCGAUACCGGUGGAACACUUCUGACUGGAGUUCGUGCGUUCUCCCACAUCAUCUUCUCUGUGGCACAGGGCACCAAGUUCGAAACCUGACGUGCGUGGAUUCAAACCUCUUCUCGGUGGACUAUUGGCAUUGCAUCAACGCUUCGAUAUCCAGCGCAGAGGGACAAGUGUUUUCGAUUCCCACACUGCACCGCAAGUGUCACAUUAGUUGUGAGGACGCUUGCACCUUAACGGAGUGGACCGAAUGGUCUUCAUGUAGAGACAACUGCGAGAACAGGAUCAGCUACAGAAAUCGUGAGGUCGUUGGGAUUUCAAGCAUCCGGUGCGGCGCGGAACUGCUAGAGAAACGACCAUGCCCCGAGACGCCAGUGCUCAGUCGUGGAGACAGCGAAUGGAGCGAAUGCAUUCUUCAUAAUGAUGAAGCGUCCGAUGGACUCUGCGGCGGUGGGAAUAAGUAUAGGAGGGCACGCAAGCGGACUUUACAAGCCUGCAAGGAAACCGCUCUUCAGAAAGAAUCUUGCCGUGUGCCAUGCCCACGUGAUUGCAUCAUGAACGAUUGGACAGAGUGGACGCCGUGCACUGCCGUUUGCGGAACUGGAACAAGGACUCGAUCUCGGACAGUGUCUCAGCACUCGAACUUUGGAGGAAGGCCAUGCCCGGUGCCAGUGCCACAACAAGUUCAAACUGAAACUGACGUCUGCAUUGUGCACUGCGGAAGGAACAUUUGGCUUCCUGGAGGUUGGACACGGUGUCGGCAACAGAGCUCAAGCAAGAAGCUUCACUGUGGAAUGCCGGGAGUUCGCAGUCGAAACGUUCUGUGUAUGUCCCUCUUGAACGGCCAGCCACACGAGGAACUAGACCCUUCGAAUUGCGACCCUCUCGGCAAACCUCCUGAAGUUGAAGAGUGUAUGAUUGGCUGUCCUGGUGAAUGCGUCGUUUCGGAAUGGUCAGACUGGACGUCUUGUUCGGGCAAGAACGCUACAGUACGCAACAGGACACGUCAUGUACUCCGUCUUCCUUCGUCAGAGCACUCUUGUCCAUACCUGUGGGAAUCGGAUGCCUGUGUCGAGCACCACUGGGAAACUGACAGCUACGGAUCCUGCAUUCUAGACAAACAUACGUCGUGUGGGAAAGGUUUAGCAAGGAUGUUUAUCUACUGCGUACGGAAACCUGACGGACUACGGGUUGAUUUUCGCUACUGCAAUGAGGAGGAAAAGCCACCCAAGGACGUGCUUCUGAAAGAAUGCACCGUACCAUGUCCUAUCGACUGCGAGAUGAGUGAAUGGUCUGCUUGGGAUUCUUCUGCUUGCGAAGUUUGCGAAACGUUUGGAAACCAAGUACGACGCAGAGAAAUCUUACAGAAUGCAAGCGAGAGCGGUCGACCAUGCCCUGACGGGCUAAGCCAAGAAAUACCGUGUCCAUAUAUGCCUUGCUACAAGUGGAUACUCUCGUCGUGGUCAGCAUGCGACCUUGAUGGAGCUGAUUGCGGUUUUGGCCAAAGAAAGCGCGCAGUCAAGUGUCAAAGAUCAGAUGGCGUCUUUGUGGACAAGUCCUGGUGCCACCUUGGCAAUUUCACUAACGCACUGUCCCAUCUUCCUGGUUAUGAUUGGCUUGUCCUUGGACAAGGUGUUGAGACUGAACAAGAGUGUUACGUGACAUGUCCCAACAGCUGUUCGCUCUUUUCGUGGUCCGAGUGGUCGCCUUGCAAUCGGAAUUGUGACACUGGAGAAAUAAUUGGCCAGAAAACUCGCUCCAGAGCAGUCGUGGGCCACCUAAGGGAAAAUAGCACCGACUGCCCGAUAGACAUGAUGGAGACACGACCAUGCUGGGAUGGGGUGUGUCUCACGUUUUCUUGGAGGGUACACGAAGGAACCUUGAAGUGCCUACGUUCAGACGGAUUAGUCGUCGAAGGCGGCUGCCGUGGUCGGCCCCGCCCCUGUGUUCCCGCGUGUCCGAUGAAGGCGCGCUGUGAGCCGGAUUCGGGCCAGUGUGCCUGCCUCUCUGGGACGGUGCCCGUGUUUGAGGCUGGUAGCACCACGGAUGCCCUAAGUCGCCUAGCGCGCUGUGAGCCCAUCCGCAGCGCUAUGGAUGCACCACACGCAGACAACCACACAGCUGUCGGCGCUGGGGAUAUCAUUCUCAAGUACUACCCUGAUGACAAUGAAGCAAGCUUCUGGAUGUACGCCAUGAUCUCCGUGGGCUCUGCCUUCAUCAUAUUCGUUGCUGUCACUGUCUAUCUCAUGUGCAAUCCAUCAUUUCGGCAGAAGCUCAAGUCACCGUACCUCUUCAAAUCGCGACGACGCCAGCGGCCCGCGGCUACAGUCGUGGGAACAGACAUUUGCUGCUCCUACGAGCCAGCGCCAACAUCAUCUUCCACAGCUGCUUCAGCUCUGCAGCUCUACUGAGCUCCAGAUAAAUGAACGGCCCACACACAUCUCAGUAGAGCGCCUUGCACUUAUAUCGCGACGUAAUGUCUUGGGACGCUUUCAGCUUUCCUGAAUCUGUACACUAGCGUUCAUUAGAACACAUUUGGAUGUGAUCACCUGAGUAAGAAACGAACGUGAUAGUACCAUGUGUUAAUCGACAGCGUUGGUUGUGUGGUUACGUCGGUGAAGUGCUUAAGGUCGGACAGUUUUUGACGGUUUAUUACUCUCUGCUUGAUUCCUGUGCGCUCAGGCGUUGUAAGACUUCUUGUCCCUGUGAUUUCUUCUAACCUUGAGUGAAUGGCUUCGCAAGACUAACGGACAUGCGGUGUACGUCUAUCGUGCAUGACUUCGUGACCGUUCCCUGUGAGUGUGUUCGUCUCGAACACUUGAUCGUACAUAAAUGACUCCGAGCAUUGGUUACUUCGAAGUACUGCACUAUCACGCACGACCUGGACGGGACGGGUGCUCUUCGAUGACCCUGAGUACGCGUAAUAAGAGUCAUGUUCUAUGUAACCCUCAGUUUCAUAAUGUCACGAAUACCUCUGAUCUGUACAAAGCAUAUGUAUGCGAGCUACACGAAGGUCAUAACCUCAUGUCAUACGGUGCCAUAACCUCAUACAUUGUGCUCACAUGUAAAGAUAUCACCCAUUGAUGUGUGAACAUUCCCAUGUUUGUUAACGCUCAUAUGCACUACGACAUGAGAGAGGCGGCUGCGGGAUUUCACUUCUAGACACACUUCGUCCCAUGUAUUGUACCAACACACAUUCCAAAGGUGGUGGGUAUACUCACUCUUUCCUUUAAUCCUUACCUAUGUACUGAUACCUACAACUCAGAACCGUUUCAAUUAAACUGGUUUUGUUUCGAA